AUGCAACGCAGCUCCUCGCUUGUCCUGACGACUGAAUCGCGCCUCCGUGCCGCCCUGUGGGGAUAUUUCGCCGGUGACGCCUUGGCAUCCCCAUCCCACUGGUACUACGGGGGUUUUCCUCAAAUAAAACGCGACUAUGGAAAGAUCGAAGAUUAUACUCAACCAGUAUACGAACUGACCGGCAGUAUCCUCAACAAAUCCAAUCUCAAUGGCGGUGGACGUCGCAAGGCAACCUCGAAAGACCAGCCCCAGUCGAUCAUUGGAUACGUCAUCAACCACGGGAAACAGGACUUGUGGAGUCCUUCGAAGAGUAUUCACUACCACGCGACUCUACAAAAAGGUGAAAACACUCUUGAAGUGCAGCUCGCUCGUGUCCUGAUGAAGAGCAUAGUCGCCAGCCAAGGUGUUUUCAAUCCAGAUCAUUUCCGAGAGGCCUACAUCAACUUUAUGAUGACUGCUGGCUCCCACAACGACACCUACGCCAGUACUUGUCACCGCAUGUUUUUUGCCAACUUAGUAUACGGCAAGCUACCACCGAAGGAUUGUCCCGAUGAUGAUGGUCACAAUGUCGAAACGAUAGAUGGUCUCGUACUACCAACUAUAGUUGCCUUGGCUGUUGGCGCUCGAUCGAAUGGUACUCUAGCGCAAGCCGCGGACAUGGCAUCAGCCUGUGCCGACGUCACGCGAAAAAGCAACGUGCUUCAUCAAGCGGCCGGGGCGUGGGGCAAGCUCGUGUUUCAAAGCGUACAGCCAUCAACACUCGAUAUGAAGUCUACGUUGCAGGAAACAGCGGCGUCUCUGGGCUUUCGUAAACCAAAUGGUAAUGGUCGGGAUGAGUUGACGGCUUGUUAUUUGGGGUCGGCUAUGCCAGCGUUGUUGGAUAGUUUGGCCAAGUACAAUCCGAAUCCGGAUAGUAAAAGUUCGACUUGGCAUGCCCUUUUGGCCAACGCCAAUACUGGCGGUGAAAACGUACACCGUGGAUCAUGCCUAGGCGCGGUUUUAGGAUCGCAAGAAGGCUUGGAACGGAUGGAAACAGUGUCACCGCAGUUGAUGACAGGACUGCACGAUUUUGAAUCCUUGCGAGUAGAAAUUGACGAUUUUGUUGCUGCCGUCACGACGUCGGCAAAGGCAACUUCGUUGAAAUAG